AUGGCCACGUUUAUUGGUCGGAGAUCAGAACUGCAAAAAUUAGCAGAGAAACUUACACGAUAUGAUAUAAUUGUCAUACAUGGAUUAAAAGGCAUUGGAAAGACAUCCUUAGCGAGGGAAUAUUGUAAAGGCGCUAACAGACCAUAUCUAUGGAUAGACCUCCGGAAUAUAACCAACUCUGAGGAAGUUCUUUAUUCGUUAGCGAGACACUGCUUACAGGAGGAAGUUAUAGCGGAUGACACAAGGGCUUUGCUUUCUGCCUUAUGCGAAAAUAUUGUUAGAAGGAAACAUUGCAUAAUUGUUUUUGACAAUGCUGAGGACGUUUUCAAAGACGAGGAUAAUCUCAGUGUGGAAAUUCUACUUUCGCUUUCACAACUGAAAAACACAAAAAUAAUAGUGACAUCAACCAUCAGAGUUUCAUCUGAAAAGGUUCAGUUGGAUGAAUUGCUACUGAAAGAACUUUCUUAUGAGGAUUCGUUUGACCUUCUGAAAACCAUAUGCCCCUCUCUGAAAGACACAGAUAAAAUAUCAAAGAUCGUAGAGUUGUGUGAGGGGCUUCCUCUUGCACUGCUCCUGGCUGGCGGAGAAGUAGAAGAUGACAGCAAUUUACUUGACGCGGAAGAUGUUAUUUAUUUUCUUAGUCACCAAAGGAUAAGAAUAUUGAGUUCAGAAUUCUAUACACAAGAUGAACAAAUUGACUCGAUUUAUAAAGGCUUCCUGGACAGACUUCCCAAACUCCUAGGAGAAAAUUUAGCAAAUGUGAAUUACAUUCCAGGCACAUUUGAUUUAAAGGAAGCGUUAGAUAUUUUAGGUCCUGGUGAAGAAGAUUCACAAGAAACAAUACAGAUAUUUUUGCAUCGACAUUUGAUUUCAAAACAAACGGAAGAGAGAUUUGAUAUUCAUGGAAUACUGAGGCAGUGCAUUACUGAAUAUUUAAAGAUCAAAGAUAUAAAAGGUGUUCGGUCGAGAUUCUGCAAGACAUUUUCCGAUAUUCUGAAGGAAAUAGAACAGAAGACUUACACUAAAGACUACGCUGACGCUCUGUGCAGGUUGAAUGUAGAGCAUCGGAACUUCGGGAAACUGUUUUCUGACGUCAUUUACUGCACUGAGGAUACGUAUCACGUGUUUAUAGACUUAGCAGCAACGACAAUAGGUGGCGGAUCGAUUAUGUUCAGAUCCAUGGCAACAUACAAUGUUGGUGUAGAGUUUUAUGAGAAAUGCUUGCAGAAAGCACAGGAAUUCAGACAGGAAUUGGAUGAGGCAAAAGUACUCACUGGAUAUGGACGAGUAUUAACAAACAUCAAGGGAGAUUGUGUGAAAGCUGAAGAGAAAUUUCAAAAAGCAAUGGCAAUUCGUAGACAACAUCCAGACAAAAGAGAUUAUUUCUUGGCCCUUCUUUGUCAAAGCUAUGGCUGGAAUCUAGGUUCACAGGGAAAGUUUGUUGAUGCCAUAAGAAUUCUAGAAGAAGCUUUCCAAGUGGAACGGGAACUUAAGAUGUAUUACGAAAAUCUCAUUCUUCAAACUAUGCAAUCUCUUGCUAUAUUUCUAAAUAUGUCUGAUAACAUUGAAAAAGGCGAACCUUUUCAGCAAGAGGUGUUAAAACGAAGACGUCAUGUUAUUGGAACCGAUAACCAUCCCAUCAUUGGGUCAAUCAUGAACAAUAUGGGUGUAAUGUAUGAAAGAAAGAAAGAUUUUCGUAAGGCUGCUGAAUAUUAUCGAAACGGACUUAAGAUCAAAGAAGAAACAAAUGCGCCACUAAAGGCAAUUAUAAUAUCUGAAACAAAUGUAGCCCGGAGUUUACUAGAAAGUGGACAGGCCGAGGAAGCAAUUAUUCUGCUGGAGAAUAGUUUCAAGCGUCUCGAUGAUUUUCCAUCUCUUUUUAGCGAUGCAAAAUCUUUGCUUUGGGAAGCAAUGGGCAACGCAUUUAUUAAGUUGAACAAUUUUGAGGAGGCAGCGGAGUCUUUCAAGAAAGCAAUAGAAUAUCGAUCUCACAGUUCUGCCAUGGAUCAUUCUAUUUUAGGUUUGGUAUGUUUGUAUGCCAAAAGUCUACUGGCGUUGGCUGAAUAUGAGAAAGCUAUAAAGGAAAUAAAGAAAGGUCUUUGUUUAUGUGACUUAAUCAUUAAAAAUAACCCAACGAAUCCUACUAUCAUUCUAACAUAUGAGAAGUUAAUGGAAGCGCAAUUUGCUUUAAAGAGGAGAAAGGACUUGGAGAAAACCUAUGAAGGUGGAAUAGCCGAAUUCUAUCGGUUGAUUAAAGUGUACGAGAAUUUGAAGAACUUCAAUAAAAGGCAGGAUGUGUUGGACCAUCUUCGGAAGUUCAAAGCAAGAUAUGCUGAAAUGCUUGCACAGUUAAAUGGUGAAAUACCCGUUGAAGGCUGCACUAAUAAUAUAGUAACUGUUGUAUCAUUUUGUACGCUGAGAGUUAUUUGUGUGGUGUUUCUGUAUGUGUGCAUGAAAAUUAAAGAACAAUAACUCUAAAUCUGUUUAAAGAGAUAUUUGAUUACAUUUACAAAAAUGUCCAGCAUUAUUUUCAGAUUUGUAAUAAUUAUCUUUAUGUGCUUUUGACUGAGGGUGUACAAAUGAUUCAAUUAGAAGGACUUGUCAACAUGUAUCAUGAUAGUGGAAUCGAAGGCUGCACUAAGGACCAACAUUUUUACCCUUUUGGCUCUGAAUAAGCGGACGUUCUUACAUCUCUCCAAGGGGUAGACAUAUAUGUUACGAUAUGAAUUUGAAUGCAGUGAUAUUGCAGAAACCAUGAUUAUAAUAAUACUUACGCCAUAUUUAAAUUGCCAAUAAAGCUUGGAACUUUGACCAGUGCGUACAGU